AUCACCUCCGUUUUCUCUCUAGCCGCAGCUCAAACCAAACCCAAUCGAACCCAUCUCGCCAAAAUGAAGUACAAUCCCCGCGUCACCAGCUCUCGCCGGAAGAACCGCAAGGCCCACUUCACCGCACCCUCCAGCGUGCGCCGCGUCCUCAUGUCCGCCGCCCUCUCCCGCGACCUCCGCACCAAGUACAACGUCCGGUCCAUGCCGGUCCGCAAGGACGACGAGGUCCAGGUCGUCCGUGGCACCUACAAGGGCCGCGAGGGAAAAGUGGUCCAGGUCUAUCGCCGCAAGUGGGUCAUCCACAUCGAGCGAAUCACUCGCGAGAAAGUCAAUGGCUCCACGGUCAACGUCGGGGUGAAUCCCUCGAAAGUGGUGAUCACGAAGCUGAGGUUGGAUAAGGAUAGGAAGAGUUUGUUGGAUAGGAAGGCUAAGGGACGCGCUGCUGCGGAUAAGGAUAAGGGGACUAAGUUUACAACUGAGGAUAUUAUGCAGAGCAUUGAUUGAUUUGGUUGUUUUCGAUGUUUCGUAUCGUAUGUCGUUUCGAUAUUGUUAUGUUUUUUUGUUAUGGAUUUAUUUAGACUUAUUGUUAUUGCUGAAUCUUGUGGUAUCGAAAUGUUGAGGAUAUGAAUGACUGCUUUUUUGUUA